AUGUCUUCAAUAACCCGAACAUUACUCCGACAAUCACGUCUCUGCACUCCUCGAGUCCAAGGCAAAACCCAAAUUAUCACUCACAAUAGACACUUCACUUCUACCUCCCCCGCUCAAAAAGCAGUCACUGAAACCGUCAAAGAAACUGUCAAAAAAGUCGAUAAAGCAGUUGCUAGUAAAAUCGUCGAUGGUAUUGAAGUUGGUCAAAGCGCAACGCAAAAAGUAAAACAGGCAGCCGGCCUAACAAAAAACGAAGCAAAAAGCGAACUUAAAAGUGAAGCAGGAGAACUCAAGGGAAAAGCUGCAGAGGUAAAGGGGGAAGCGAAGGGGAAGGCGGCGGAGGUUAAGGGGAAUGUGAAGGGGAAGGCGGAUGAGGCUUUGGGGAAGUUGUAG